AGUACAUUUUAUCGGCGUGCAACGUGCUGUUGUCCACUCUUAGUAGGUUUCCCCUCUUCACGAAUUAUGGUUGCCACCGGCGCACAGGUCAAGAACCGGGAUCAGGACCAGGACCGGGAUGAGAUUCAGGAACUCGAUGUUCUGAGCCCCACGUCGGCGGUGACGGGACUGCCACAGAAACGCUACUACCGCCAGCGGGCGCACUCGAACCCUAUUGCGGACCACAGUUUUGACUAUCCAGCCCACCCGGAGGACUUUGACUGGCGCACGCUGUAUCCGAGCAUCCAGCCGGGCCAGCAGGUGAGUUUCGCGGACAUCGGUUGCGGUUACGGCGGCUUCCUGAUCACCCUGGGCGAGAUGUUUCCCGAAAAGCUGUCCAUCGGCAUGGAGAUCCGCGUCAAGGUGUCCGACUACGUGGUGGAUAGAAUCGCGGCGCUGCGGCAUAAGAACGCGUCCACAGGCGCCUACCGGAACGUGGCCUGCCUGCGCACCAAUGCAAUGAAGUAUCUGCCCAACUAUUUCGCCAAAGGUCAGCUCGAGAAGAUGUUCUUCCUCUAUCCUGACCCGCACUUCAAGCGGGCCAAGCACAAGUGGCGCAUCAUCAACCAGGCCCUGCUGUCCGAGUACGCCUACGUCCUACAGAAGGGGGGUCUGGUGUAUACCAUGACGGACGUAGAAGACCUGCACCAGUGGAUCGUGGCGCACAUGGAGGAGCAUCCGCUGUACGAGCGUCUGACCGAGGAGGAGGCGCAAUCCGACCCCAUCACCCCGAAGCUGUACCAGAGCAGCGAGGAGGGCGCCAAAGUGGUGCGCAACAAGGGCGAUCACUUCCUGGCCAUUUUCCGACGCCUUUAGGGCCACGUAUAUUCUCCAUAUGUGUAAACAUAAUUUAACGUUACCGUAGAGUAAAGAUCGAGUGUUAGAGCA